AUGAAGACCAUGAUUCUACUGCUUUGUCUUCUAGGAUCAGCCCAGUCAUUACCAAAGCAGCUUAGCCCUGCUUUGGGAGUUCCUGCAACAAAACCAACUCCAGGUCAAGUGACCCCACUAUCUCAACAGCAACCAAAUCAGGUUUUUCCUUCCAUAAGUCUAAUACCAUUAACACAGCUGCUCACUCUGGGGUCAGACCUGCCCUUGUUCAACCCUGCUGCUGUGCCCCACGGCACACAGAUGCUCCCUUUCACCCUGGGACCACUGAAUGGACAGCAACAGCUGCAACCCCAGAUGUUACCCAUUAUUGUGGCACAACUUGGAGCGCAGGGCACUCUCCUAAGCUCAGAGGAACUGCCAUUAGCCUCCCAAAUCUUCACAGGCCUCCUUAUCCACCCCUUGUUCCCUGGAGCCAUUCCACCCGCCAGUCAGGCAGGGGCUAAACCAGAUGGGCAGAAAGGAGUCCUUCCUACAAGACAGGCAGGCGCGAGCCCUGCCAUACAGGGAACCACCCCUGGCCAUGUUACAACUCCUGUUGUCACAGAUGAUGAUGACUAUGAAACGAGCACCCCUGCAGGCCUUCGAAGAGCCACACACACCACAGAGGGAACCACCAUAGACCCACCGAACAGAAGCAAGCACCAUAAACUGCAGUCACAUAGUGAUGCCAAGUCGGACCUGCCACUGGGAAGGUAUUUGCUGCAGGACGACCCAGAGUGA